AAAGGUACGCAAUUAUGGCCGCGAUGCUGGCUAACUUAACCGUACUGCUAGACGGAAGCCACGUUAAUCUACCAUGUGCAAUAUCGCCACCGGACCGCAACUUCCGGACACCGCCAAUCGACAUCGCGCUCCACCUCUUUGCGAAGAGAGAAAUUGCACACUGGUGCGCUUCCCCGGCGGCAACUAGCUUCCAACAUGACAAAGACAGUCGGAAUCUGAAAGCAGGCUUGCGAGGAAAGGUCAACGCCAAGGUGAAUAAGGACAACUACGAGAACUCGAACUACGACGGGAACGGCAAAGGAAAUGGGUUCCUAGAGGAGGAAGACGAAGAUGAGAAGGACAAUUGGGAGAAGGAGAUAAAGAGGAGAGUAGAGGAGUUUGAAGAGAUGGAGGAGCUGGUGAAAAAAGUUGAGGAGUUGCAGAACCGUUUUGAUGAAGAAUACCCCGAGGAAAAUGAGAACAAUCAAGAAUCGGAGGAAGAGAAACGCGCAAGAGUGAAGAGAGAGCUCGAAAAGGUGGCAAAGGAGCAAGCUGAGAGAAGAAAAACUGCCCGUUUAAUGUUUGAUCUGGGUCAAAAGGCUUAUGGGAAAGGUAGUUAUGGACGUGCGGUUGAGUUUCUUGAAGGAGCCCUGACGAUAAUUCCAAGACCUACCUUAUUUGGCGGAGAGAUACAAAUAUGGCUUGCUAUGGCUUAUGAAGCAAAUAACCGUCAUAUAGACUGCAUUACUUUGUAUAAGCAAUUGGAAAGGAAUCAUCCUAGUGUCAGCAUCCGACGCCAAGCUUCAGAUCUUCGUUACAUAUUGCAGGCACCUAAGCUCAAGAUAACCCAAGAAGAGAUGGUCACCAUACCAUUAAUUGGUUCUAGCUAUGAUAGUAUUGUCUGCGUUCAAAAGGACCCUUAAUAGUUCAUUCAACAGUUAUGCAGCAAUAUGGAGUGAUAAUUACAAGGACAAACCCCAGAUACAGAGCUGUACCACCAAUCAACUACUAUCAUCCAAUGAUUGGUUAGGGGACUUUUUAGUGAGGAAGCUGCCGGUUGGUUUGAAGAAAAGGCAGACGGUUUGGGUGGCACUGACAUUAUGGGCAGGUCUGGUUGCUGCUUCUUUCUUUUUGCAAAGAUGAAUCAAGAAUGAAUAUGAUGUAUAUAUGUGAAUUUCUUACUCAAUAGUUUAGCUUUGUGUCACUAGUGUGUAAAUAGUCUUUGUUGUCUGAAAGUUUCUCUACAUUUCUCAUGGAAUGACAUGAUGAUCAGUUUCCCCCUCUCUCAUCAGUGUUACGUUUGUUGAAAUAAUAACUUUUCAAUGUUGAGAGCUUUUGAAAUAUACAUGCAUAUAUACAAUAUGGUGUCUGAACACCAAUCAUCAAUAUAU